GAGAGAGAGAGAGCUCCCUCCCCGAGACACUUUUCACUCUGCAAGCGUCAAACUAGCCCCUUCGCACAUCUGCUCAACACCAAAGCAUGGCAAGACCCCUCCGUUUUCUCCCCCGGUGAGCGCCUUCCUGGACUAAACCACCUUUCUCGGCAGGGGGAGAAAGGAGAAACGGUCUGGGUUCCCGGGAGGCAGCUGGAGGGAAAGAAGUGGCGUCUCCAGAUGGGCUGAGCAGACUCCCCCCGGCAGGGCGCGGGAGGAGGGAGCUGAGCGCUUGCAAGGCGCACCGAGCCAGCUGAGCCCUCGAAGUUACCUCGGCGGUCGCCUGCGCCGUCUUGCUUCCUCACCGGGAGGAGGAAGGCUAAAGAGGCGCCCGGCCGUGGGUGCUGCUGGUGGGGGAAUGGGCUUCCUGGGGGCAUGCUGUUGAUGUCAGGGGUGGAGUCCAGCCGGAGCCCCUGAGCAGGGCGGCGGCAGCAGGAGGCGGCGGCUAUGGGACAGCGAAUGGGCACGGCGCUCCUACUUGUCGCGCUGGGGUACCUGCUCAGGUCACUGACUGCAGAAGCCCAGUGUGAAAACAUUUACCAAGAUUUAUCUGACUGCAUCUUAAAACUAGGAGAGAAUAUGGCCAUCUAUGAGGAAGAAGAGGAGGAGGAAGAUGAAAGGGACCAGAUGCAAGGACUGUAUGCUGUCUGCGGGAGGCAUUAUCAGCAUUCAAAGACACAUUCCAGCCAGGCAAAAACACUCAAGGAUGGUAUGGAGAGGGUGGCUGGAGAGGAGAUGAGGCCUGGAGAGAGAUAUUGGGAAGAGUUUCACACCUGUGCGGUGGCUGCCCUUUGGGAGUGCCAGAGGGAGGCAGCAACUAUCUGGGAGAUGUUGAAAAAGGAAUCUAGGAAAAUCAAAUUCCAAGGCAGCCUUUUUGACCUCUGCGCCUCCAGCAACUCCCAGAAUUUCAGCUCCUUGCAGAUUCCAUCUCUUUCGCUGUUAAGCAUCACUUUGAUGGUCACAUGGCUUAAUUUAUAAAGGGAACCACUCUGCACAUAUGUACAUAUAUUUAUUUCCAGAUCUUUGAUAAAUACUGUUAGGGGUUUUGUGUUUGUUUAGUGAAUGCUUGGUUACAUUAUAAAUAUGGAGGGAAAUUCACUGCAUUUUCCAGUGAUCUGGGUUGUCAAGAACAAGUCUGGCAAGUGUUCCAGUGUGACUUUGCCCACGAGAAGUUGCUUGUGAAUCUCAGCUUUAAACCACUGAACUUGGAGGAAAUGGCAGCACAAGCAAAGGGGCACCUGCUUUCCUUAUUUUGGUCUGGUGUUUUGGAUGUUCUUUGAUAAAACUACCAAUCAAA